ACACACUCGAUUUCAAAACAAACACACACACACACACACACACACACUCCGGUCGCCCUUCCUCCGCCGUCCUCUCCAUUCAGAGUUUCGGUCCGUCAGUUCGUCGGCUCCUUCUAAAACCUCCAAUCUCCCUAGCACAGGUUUCUGAUAAUUUCCACGCCCAAUUCCGCUCCGGCGUCCAAGGCCCCACCGAAUGGUCCACGUCCACCACACCGCCUGAAUCACCAGUUCACCACCACAUAUGGGGAGGAAGAAAUCGCGGCCGGUUCGAGCUGCGGGCGCUGCCUCUGCGGCGGCCGAGGCCGACCCCUACGCGCCGAGCCCUAGCGGCAGCACGAAGCGUGGGACCAAGGGCGAGGCGAGGAGAGACGUCUGCGUGGAGGUGGAUAGGACCACGUGGGCUCAAGCCGACGUCGACCACCGCGACGUCGCCGAGGUGGUCCUCCGCGACGUGAGCGUCUCCGGCGACGGGGAUGGGGAAGAAGGUGCGUUGGAGGAGGCAUUCGGGGCGUCGACGUUCUCGUUGCGUCUGCGGGUGCGUGACGCGCCGGAGGAGGGGUUCAGGAUGGGCCAGUGGCCCGUUGUGCCGUCGGAUUGCGUGCUCCUAGAGUAUGUCGUCCAUGGUGGCCGUGAAGGGAAGCAUCCAGAAUAUGUGGUCUCAGGGUGUUUUGAUGGUCCUGAUGAAGGUGUAUCGGGUCUCGCCCAUUUGGUGAGCUUGAGAUUCGUCACGCUCCGGGUUCAGUCGUUCAGAGCAUUUCAGGAUAUGGGUGAGGCGAGGGUUGAGUCGUUUCGGGUUAGAGUGGAGGUGAUGGAACAGGCUUUCAGCGCGUGCGACUCACUGCUGGAGGUGGCUAGGCAUCCAUGGAGGAAGAGUUUGAUGAAUAUGAUGGCUUGGCUGCGUCCUGAGGUCACAACAUCGGCUGCCAUAUAUGGGUUGGAUGACCUUGGUGUGCCAAUUGAUGAUGGUGGUAAUGCUGAUUUGGCACCUAAGAGUGAUUCACAGUUUGAUCUUGCCGCUUUUUAUGAGGCCGUUAAGCCUUCGACUAAUGCAGAACAGUUGAAAGAGGAUCUUCCUGAUUUAGUUCCUCAGCUCAGACCAUAUCAACUUCGUGCAGCGCAUUGGAUGGUUCAACGUGAAAAGGGAAAUACACCCCAUCAAGGAUAUGCUAAUUCUGCACCAUAUUGUGUUCCUAUUGAUUUUAUUCACAAGAAUUCCAGGAUGUUCUAUAAUCCGUUCAACGGAAAUAUUUCAUUGCAACCAGAGCCUUCUCCACCUUAUGUCUCUGGGGGCAUUUUGGCUGAUGAAAUGGGCUUGGGGAAAACUGUCGAGCUUUUAGCGUGCAUUUUUGCUCAUCGUAGACCAAUUUCAUUAGACUUCUCUGUCUCCCAGAACAAAACAGAAAUGGAUCAAAUUAAGAGGCAGAAAGUAGAAAGGGUUGAGUGCAUCUGUGGUGCUGCGAGUGAAAGUUCUGCAUACAUGGGUCUAUGGGUCCAAUGUGACAUUUGUGAUGCUUGGCAACAUGCUGAUUGUGUUGGUUACUCACCCAAGAAAGAUAUACUUUUUGAUGAUACCACUGAAGAUGUAGCAUCAACAAACAAAAAAAGCACCAUGAAGUCUGGAAUUAGAAGGAAAAAGAAACCCAGGUGUUCUAUUGUCGAGACAGAAGACAAAUACGUUUGUGGACUGUGCUUGGAGCUUACUGAAGCAACUCAAACUAAUAUAUUCAGCCAUGCUACAUUGAUAGUAUGCCCCGCACCAAUAUUGGCACAAUGGCACUCUGAGAUUACCCGACACACAAGGCCAGGAUCUCUGAAAGUUUGCAUUUAUGAAGGUGCAAGGAACUUGGAUCCUGCUACCAUCCAAAAAAAUGAGAUGGCUGAGAUAAGUACUGCUGAUGUUGUCUUGACGACCUAUGAUGUCUUGAAAGAAGAUCUAUCACAUGAUUUUGACCGUCAUGACGGUGAUCGCCGUUUCUUGAGAUUUCAAAAGAGAUAUCCUGUCAUUCCAACUGUCCUGACAAGGAUCCACUGGUGGCGGCUUUGCUUGGAUGAAGCUCAGAUGGUAGAGUCAAGCAAGACUUCUGUGACAGAGAUGGCAUUGAGGCUAAAUGCUCAACACCGGUGGUGUAUCACAGGAACCCCAAUACAACGCAGGCUUGAUGAUCUCUUCGGGCUUCUACGUUUUCUUAGGACAAACCCAUUUGACACAUAUAGAUGGUGGGUGGACAUUAUUAGAGACCCGUAUGAGAGGGGGAACGGAGUAGCAAUGAAUUAUGCACACAAUUUCUUGAGGGAAAUCAUGUGGCGUUCCUCCAAAAUUCAUGUCUCAGGUGAACUGCAGCUGCCUCCGCAAGAAGAGUGUUUUUCAUGGCUCAUCUUUUCUUCCAUUGAAGAAUAUUUCUAUAAGAAGCAGCAUGCAACCUGCAUGGACCAUGCACAUCAAAUUAUUAGAAGUUUGAGAAAUGACACCAAUAGAAGAGAAUCAAUUUCAGAUUCAAAUGCUGUGCUAAAUGUUUACCUCUCCAAUGACGACAUUGCCAAGUUCCUAGUCCCACUGCUGAAACUUCGGCAGGCAUGUUGCCACCCACAAGUGGGGAGUUCUGGUCUCUGCUCCCUGCAGCAUAACCCUUUGUCAAUGGAUGAAAUUUUACAGGUUCUUAUUGGUAAAGCAAAAAUUGAAGGAGAGGAAGAGCUGAGAAAAAUUGUAGUUGCCCUGAAUGGUCUUGCCGGAUUAGCUGUUAUUGAACAAAGGAACCAAGAAGCUAUUUCUUUGUACAAAGAAGCAUUGGCAUUGGCUCAUGAAAAUGUUGAUGAUUUCCGUGUUGACCCUCUAUUGAAUCUUCAUAUCAACUACAAUCUUGCAGAACUGCUUAGAAUUAGUUCUGAAUAUUUACAAGAAUGCCCAUUAAAAAAGCUGGCUUCUGAAGUUUCAAUCAGCCGAAAAAGAAAGGAAACUAACACUGUUGAGACAAAUGUACUUUGUGUGAAACGAAAUAAAAUAUGUGAAAACAGUGUUUCGAGUUUGACAGCUAAUGGGUUAGAAGCAUCUGAAGAAGAUGAAAACACAAUUGGACAAGCAUGCAUAACUGGAGAUGUGGGAGUGGAGAAUGUCGCUGGAUGCCACUCUUCAUCGGAAUGUUUUGCUAAUGACUGCUUGAGGAAGACUUGCAAUGAAAUCACAGAAAAAUACUUGUCAGUUUUUACUUCAAAGCUGGUAGUAGCGCAGAAGGAUUUUAAUGCAUCAUUCACAGAGGUCUUGAAUAAAACUAAAGAGCUACAGAGUGGGCAUAUGAAUUGGUGGCUGCAUGCUUUGGACUGCAUUGAACAGAACAACAUUUCUGCUGAUGAACUCAUCAAGAAGAUUGAUAAUUCUUCUAGUAAGAGCACCACUGGUUUGGGUUCAAGGGGAAUAUCUUCCAGGAUUAAAAGUAUCACUGGAUUAAAAUAUGCAAUUCAAGCUGACAUUGAUUCUCUAAAAAGUUCGAGGCAACAUCUUAUGGAUAGACUUCUGGAAGUUGACAAAACAAUGGAUAACCCAAGGGAUGAGGACAUUGAGGGCCAGCGAUAUUGUCCAAAAUGCUAUGAUGGCACUGGUUCUUUAUGUAUCCAAUGUGAGCUAGAUGAACUCUUUCAGAGGUAUGAAGCACGUCUGUUUCUUGUUAAGAAAUCAACCAAUGAUUCUGUCAUUGAUUCAGUAGAAGAAGCACAGGAUCUACAGAGGCGAAAAUAUGAGCUCAAUCACUUCUUCCGUAAUAGAAAAUCUGAACCUGGCUAUGACAAUAACAAUCCUAGAUCAGCUCGAGAAAACAUACAGGUCUACAGGCAUCCUUCUCGAACCGAGACUGCAUUAAGGGUUAUCCGGAAUCACUCAAAGACAGUAUUGGGAAAGCAAUAUUCCGCAAUUGCUAAAAAACAUUUACUUCUUUUUGAGGCUAUGCGCAAGGAGUUUCCUCAAGCAAGGUUUCUGUCAAUUGCUCAAACCCAAUUAUUGCGUGCUCAUGACGAGAUCAAGAUGUCCAUCUCGAGACUUCAGCUCAAAGAGAAAGACGAUGAACCUAGUGCUUCCAAUAUUGUAACUAGAGAGGAACUCAUACCAUAUAAUGUGCAGUUUACAAGUGAAAAAUUCAUGUCACUCUCAUCUUUAGCCCGUGUUAGAGGUCAACUCCGGUACUUAAAGGGAUUGGCGGUAUGUAACAAGAAAACACAUAACCAGCAUGGUGAAUCAUUGGCUAAAGCAGGCGACGCCGUUGAUACAGUUGCUUCAUGUUCAGUCAUAGGGCAAACUGUCUCUGAUUUUCGUAAUGAACCAUGCCCUAUAUGCCAGGAGAAGGUUUUUGACCAGAAAAUGGUUUUCCAGUGUGGUCAUUUUGUAUGCUGCAAGUGUUGUCUUUACAUGACAGAACAAACUGCAGCCCAAUUCGGAAAGCGUAAAAAAUGGAUUAUGUGUCCCACAUGCCGUCAGCGAACAGAUAUUGAGAAUGUUGCUUUUGUAGUUGAGAAAGCUUGGGACAAACCUGAAAAGAGCACUGAAGAUUUGGCUGAAAGCACUAUUUCUGUCCAAGGUUCAUAUGGAACAAAGAUUGAAGCUGUUACAAGAAGAAUCUUGAGAAUCACUUCAACUGAUGGAACAGCUAAAGUUCUUGUUUUCUCAAGUUGGAAUGAUGUACUGGAUGUACUAGAGCACUCCCUCGCUGCUAACAACAUUUCAUAUGUUCGGAUGAAAGGAGGAAGAAAAUCACAGGCAGCCCUCUCCCGAUUCAAGGGUCAGGUGAGCAAUGUAAAUGUAGAUGAAGUGAAAAAGACAGCCUCCAACAUGAAGCCUGUUCAAGUACUUCUGAUGCUUAUACAGCAUGGAGCAAAUGGUCUUAAUCUACUAGAAGCACAACAUGUUAUUCUAGUGGAGCCAUUACUAAACCCUGCCGCUGAGGCACAAGCUAUCAGCAGGAUACAUAGAGUUGGGCAAGACAAAAGCACAUUUGUUCACCGUUUUAUAGUGAAGAAAACAAUAGAAGAGAGCAUCUACAAAUUGAACAGGAGCAGAGCUGUCUGCUCUACUAUAAACCGUAAAUCCAAAAACUUCAAAGAUGAGCCUGUUUUGACGCUGAAGGAUGUGGAGUCACUAUUCCCGAUGACCGGGCCUGAUGAACCCCUAGAACAGGCAGAUCAAGAUUAUGGUGAUAGCUUGAGAAGUUUGCCUCCAUCUGUUGCGGCUGGGUUAGCUGCUGAAAGAAGGCGAAUAAUGGAGCAACAUGACAACCAGCAAUAAGUUAAGAAAUGACUUAUGUUCUCCAGUGAAGGUUUAUCAAAGAGCCUCGAUCCAUCGUCGUGGCAGUUGAGUUAGUUUUACUAGGUCACUAAUUUUCCUUCCCAGUACUAAAAAUAGGAGGAUGUUCUAGGAAGCACCACACCCUCGUCUUCAAAUUGUUCUAGGGCACCCACUAUGGUGCCAUUUACGUUGUAACUUUAGGAUUUUUUUUGUAUAUACCUGUAGUCCUUUUAGCUUCGUACAUAAACUCCAUUUUUUAUUUAUGUAGAAGAGCAUGCAAGAACUCCAUCACAGUUUGUCUGGUUGCUGUUCAGAAGCAUGCAUGCUUGCAGUCUGCAGAUGCAGUAAGGCUUUACGGACAGUCGGACACACAUAUAUAUAUCAAUAUAUGUUUAGUUUGUGUUA